UUUUGAAUCACCCAGCUAAACACAAUAAGCGGGAACGUUGUGCUGCGUAUGUACAGUGGUUGGUGUAUAUACAUGAGAUUUUCAGUGAAAUACUUUAUAGGAUCUAAAUGUGAUUUAAACAUAAAUCACAUUUGCACCAAAUUGCUUGGCUUUACUUCAAGAUGAGGCUGGUUGAUAAAACGUUCCUACUUGUGCACUUUCUUACGUGCUAAUGCAGGGAAUUCUGUGAUAGUAAAUCGUAUGACAGCAGCAUGGACACCAAAAAGAAGUUACCUCGUUAUAUGGGGGGCAAACGCCCAACCGAAAACCCUCAAAAGACAACACGCAGAUUAGAAGUGGAGCAAGAACAGAUUCAGAAGCGAACCUUCACCAACUGGAUCAAUGCCCAACUCUCCAAGAGGAGGCCUCCGAUUGCGGUGCAUGAUCUUUUUAAUGAUCUCAGAGAUGGAGGCAGAUUAUUGGACCUGCUGGAGGUGAUGAGUGGUCAGAGAAUGAGCCGGGAGAAAGGAAGGGGGACGUUUCAGCACAGAUCAAACGUCGAGAAAGCACUGGCGUUUCUCAAGAGAAAAUCGAUAAAACUGGUCAACAUUAAUGUCUCAGAUAUCAUGGAUGGGAAGCCUUCCAUCAUUCUGGGUCUGAUCUGGACCAUCAUCAUGCACUUCCAUAUUGAAGAGCUAGCAAGCACAUUGUCCUUUAGUUCUCGGCAGUCAUCUAUGGAGUCGUUGGCAAGUUUGGACUCUCGUUCGACAAGCAGCAGUGCCCGCAGCAGUCCAGUGCCACCCCGUGGUUCGCCCUUGCAUGCCCGUUUUCGUGUUUCUGCCAAGAAAGCCCUUCUGCUGUGGGUGAGAGAGCAAUGCCACAGGGCUGGUUGUACUCUGAAUGUGAAGGAUUUUAAGGGGAGCUGGAGAAGUGGGGUGGUGUUUUUGGCGAUACUUCAUGCUCUAAGGCCCAACUCAGUUAAUCUGACUAGAGCCCGAACCAGAACCAACAGACAAAACCUGGAAGAGGCUUUUCAAAUCGCUGAAAGAGAACUUCACAUACCCAGACUGUUAGAUCCAGCCGAUGUCGAUGUUAGGGACCCAGAUGAGAAAUCUAUUAUGACGUAUGUUGCUCAGUUUCUGCAGUACUCAAAAGAAACUCCUGUUUCUGAUGAGGAAACACAGUAUCUCAGUUCUCCACAGUGCCUCUCUCCUGUCAAUCUGCCAUCUGACUUUACUCCAUCUAUAGCUGCAUCACCUCUAAGACAGGCCCACCUGCUAAUACCCUGUCCAAUCAAAUCAGCCCCUACUUCAUCACCUGAGCCAGCUAGAGCAGCUGUCCCUGGGUCAUCAGCCAAUCAGAAGGCUCAGGAGGUCACAUGCUGGUUGGUUCAGGCCUAUCAGGAGCUAAUAGAAGGGUGGGACUCCACCGAGGGGGAGAGCUAUGCUGAGAGAUACCACGUUUUCCAUACCUUCAUUGUGUCCUUUAAUGAGCAGCGGCGGCCUGUGAUGCCAUUACUAACAGCAAUGAAGAGAACACCUCAGCUUAGCACGGAGCAGAAAGCUCUCCGACAGGCCUGGGACACACUCGCUGAGAAGCUGCACGAGUAUAAAAUAGAGCUGGACCUCAGUCUUCCAUCCCCGCUGGACACUGUGGGUCGCUGGUUGUUGCGUAUUGAAGAAGUUUUAUCUACUGAAGAGGACGAUUCGCUGGAUCAUGCCCGAGCUGCUGAAGAGGCCCGCGAGAAACUUGAACUCCUAAAGGUGUGUUUGGAGGAGAUGCCUAACCAUUUCAAGAGGUUUAGCGCGUUUCCAAACACAGAUGAAUUUGGAGAGACAUUGGUACCGAAAGAUAAGAUGGAUGAGAUAAAGAGAAGGUUCACCAGUGUCCGUGUAACAGCCAAAUAUCAUAGUAUUAAGCUGGAGUAUCAAGAGCGAAGGCACACAGUGUUGGACCUUCUGAGUCAACUUAACAUUAAAUUGCGUUCUUGGAAAAGAGCCUACAUUUCCCAGGAGUCUGUUCAUGUGCUGAUGCAGGACUGGAAUGAGACUGUGAACAAACAGGAGCUGACCUCUUUGCUGGAUGGAGCCCUUCGUAGACUCAAACAAAUCGCCAGCAAAUACACCAGCAAGGCUGCUUUGGCUGAAAACUCCGGUCAGGUGAAUCGUCAGGUGUCUGAAUUGGAAGCGGAUGUGGCAGCGACUCUGGAGGGUGUACGGAUGGUGAAGGGAACUAUUGGACGUGUGCUUGGGGCGUGGGACUCUUACUGUGACACGUACACAUCACUCUACGCGUGGAUGGAGCAGGGGCCACAUGGUCACCGACACGGACAGAUAUCAGAGGUUACCUUAUCGAUGAUGUCAGAGUGGAGCUCUCGCCAGGCUCAUCUGAAUGAAGUUGGCAACUUCCUGAUGGAGGUCACAGACCCACAGACUAGCCGUGCCAUUUCGGACGAACUUUGCAAGAUAAAUCUGCUCUGGGCUGAGUUUGCCAAAACAACACAGUUUGCAUCGGCUGAGGAGCCCAGCAUUGACCCAUCUAGUGCUCAGACAGUUCAAGCCCUGAUAAGAGAGGCCACACAGUUACUGAAAGAACCUGUGGAGGUUCUUUCUGUACCACUACGAAUUUAUACCAAGAGACUGCAGUUUAUGAUGAAGAAAGUAAAGGAUGUGGAUCUUGAGGCCCUCACUCCAUCUUUAGACUGCUCCCGCGAGACCCUAAGCAAACUUCAGCAGGCCAUUCCUGAGGUGUUGCAGACACUCUGUGAGGCUGAACAGGUGUGUGAUGAGUUGCGUUUGAGUGUAAGUGGUUUGUACUGUCGUCUGGCUGAACUCUUACAUUGGGAGACUGAAGCCAGAGAGCUUUACCAGGUCCUAAAGGAGGAAACACAUAGGCAGAAAAGAGGACAGGACCCCAGAGUUCGUCUGUUGAUUUCGAGGGGAUUACAGUUGGAAGGUCAGGUGGUAAUGGAGGAACAGGAUCUGCAGGUUAUGGUGAUGACAAGUCAGAAAAAUUCCCCACUUCAGUAUCUCAUUGCAUCCAACAUGCAAGACAGGGUUCGCGCUGCUGUCGAAAAGUCACAGGAAGCAGUAGGAAUGUUGAGCUCUUUGGGGGUUUGCAGAGACAGAAGCCCUGCUAGAGAUGAGCCACCUCCCAAGAUCUUUGUCCAACCUCGGGAGACACAGGAAGAGCCCCAAACUCAGAAGCCCCAAACAGUCAGCUCAAUCCAGCACUUUCCCUCAAGUGCUCCUGGCCUAAGUGACCCCCAACCUACAGUCAAAGUCAGAGUAUCCUCUCAAAUACCCGUGGAUGUAACUUCCCAAGCUAUAGGCUUUGAACCCAAGCCAUCUAAUGAGCCUGUGCCCAUGAUUGUUGUAGAAGAGUGUGAAAAAGUAAAAGGAAGUCCUCAAGUGCACCCCAGUGAGCAACAGGAACACUCCCGUGCCCAGUUCACUGAAAUUAAGUCACAAGAGGUUGUCCAAUCUCAAACAAGAAAAGAAGUUCUCUCAAGGCAUCGUGAAGGAAGCCAACAAUCUUUAUCACAAUGUGUGACUCAGCAACAGUCAGACAUGCAGAACCAGUUGCAAAUGAAAACUCCAGUCACAGCCCAACAAUCUCAACAGAAAAUGCAACAAGCAGCACCACAAGUUAAAAAUAAACAACAAUUAGCACAGCAGCCGCAAAUGAAACCUCAGCAUGGAAAAAUUCAGGUUGUAUCCUCUGUACAAAAACAGCAGGUAGUUCAAGAACAAACACCAGCCCGGCCACAGUCUCAGGUUAAACCAGAGAUGCAGGUAGUUCAGGUACAAACACCAGCUCUGCCACAGUCUCAGUUUCAAACAGAAAUGCAGCUACAGAAUAAGGGGGCAGGCAAACAUCAAGCUCCAAAUAACCAGCAGAUGAAACAAAGGAAAUCCCAGGCACGGAACAGACCUUGGCUUCAACAAAGUGGUCAUUUGGAAAGUGUUACCCAACAUCCGGCUCAAGUGAUGUUCUCUCAUUCAGAGCCUCAAGACAAAAGUCUAGUCAGUCCUAAAGCAUCACCACAGACAGUUGCUACUAUGUCACCUGUGGCUCUGGGAGGCUCAAGUUCUGUUCAGGUUGCUCAAGGUGCAAUUCAUGUGCAGUCACAAAGCAUUGUCCAGAGUAAGGCAAAACAGCUAAAACAACAACAACCAGUUGCACAACACCAACCCCUUGUAGGGGCACAAAAACUACCUCAAACUACACCAACAACUUCAGCACCACCAGUGACCCAAAAACAACCACAACAGCCAGUGACGAUUCAUCCGGUAUUGACCCAACAACAACAAACCUCUAUUUCAAGUCAAGCUCAAAUAACAUCACAAACAGCACACCCCAUUGCACCUAUUCAGCAACAAAUGCAACCUCAAACACAAAGUGUAAUAUCAAAACAACCUCAAGUGUUAAUUCAGAAACAAACACAACAACAGUCUCUGGCUCCCAUGGAGCCUCAUAUUUUGGCACAGUGGCAACAACAACCCACCCAGUCUCCUUCAGUGCCUCAACCACAAAGAUUUCCAGUGUCUCAAGGAAUGCCCCAAGGCACUAACAGAUCAACAGUCCAGCAGCAACCAGUAUCUAUUCAAUCACAAGUAAUGAUGCAGAGGCAACAAUCACCACAGAUUGUAGUUCAGAUUCAGUCCCAGCAACCCUCACAGCAAUCUCAACCUGUGAUUCCCCCUGAACCCAAAAGGUCAACUCCCAUACCACCCAGAAUCAUCUCUAUGCCUCAGCCUCAGGCAUCCCUCUAUUCUCAAGGCCAAAUGUUAGGUCAAACCCAGGUCAAAGAUCAGGGCCGUGCACAGUUUAUGAUUCAACCACAAGGGCAACCUCACUGGGUUUUCAGUAAACCAGAAAGUGUCACCCAAACUUACAGUCAACCCCAAGGACCUACUCCCGUCUCUUCCCAAAUGCAGCCCCAGGGCCAUUUCCAAAAUUAUCCCCAAUCUCAAAGUGUCCAUCCAACUCAAACUCAGCAAUGGCCUCCAAUAACACCAGGCAUAGUGACCCAUACCUACUCCACUUGCCAAACUUCAGGUCAGGUACAAAUACAACCUCAAAUCCCAGUUUACACUAAACCCCAGCCACAGCCUCCACAGUGGCCCUCUCCUGGAUCUGAAUCAUUGCCACAUCCUUAUGGACAGAUAAGACCCCAAGGUCCAAUUCACCCUAUGGUUCCUUCCCAGCACUGGAGGCCUGUCAUUUCGGGAUACUCUGAAGCUGAGACUCAAGGACAGGGACCACGUCCUCAGUACCCCCAAUAUCAAGAUCUACAGAGACCACAGAGCUCUCAACAACAGUGGGAUUCUGUUCGUGCAGAACAUCAGACUCAAGUCUCUGCCCAGAUGCAAGGUGUUCCUCAGCCUGUAGCUCCAUGGAAUCACCCAUCAUCACAAGCAUCAACACGAGGUACACAGCAACCUCAGCAACAACUUGGUCCAUCUAAGACAGAUACCCCACCUAAAAGCCAAGUAGCCCAGACCCAACUUCUGUCCCAAGUCACAACGAAGCUCGAAGUAUUAGUACAGGAACCAUCACAGCAGCAGCCAACUCCUCGGGUUAAGCAGCCAGCACUUGCCCUGGCCCCCCCUCAAACCUACACAGAAGCUUAUUCAAAGGCACAGGCCUUGGUAAGGAAUAGAUUUGAGGAAGCAAAGCACUGUCUUCAAGAACACAUUCUCGAAGCUGUCAAUGUAUUCAAGGAGAAGCAGUUGACAGAUGAACAAGCAUUAGUCAAGGAGGAGACAUUAAGGGCUCUUGACACUGAGCUCCUUGAAGAGUUCUUGAGGGCAGCUGAGGGGAUGGAGGCUUUCUGCACCCCAUCAGAACUAAGAGACAUGGAGUUUUUCACUCAUUCUGUUAGAACACAGUGGGAGGCUAUACGAGCUCAAAUAUCCGAAUAUUUGAGGCAACUCAGAUAUGAGAUAACCCGCCAGCAUUUUAACCGCAUAGUUGAGACAUGUGAGAUGCACUUUAUGAGACAAAAACUCAACCAUACACCUGAACCAAUGACAGAAUCAAAAGAAGAGGCCUGUUUUUCGGCAGAUGGCAGUCUGGCACAGGCAGGGCAGCAUCUGGAAGCUCUGAAGGAGUUGUGUGAUACACUGAGCCCUGAGGAUGCACACAGGCUCGCACAGGCCCAACUUAAAGAGUGCGAAAGGAGACUCGCUGCCAUCCAGCGGCAGUUUAGUGGAGAUCAAGACACACCUUCACCAGACAGCAGUUUACAAAUGGACCAAACAAAAGAGCCACCUGCUCCGAAAGCACAAACGGUCCCACCAUCCCCUGAGAAGCCCAAAGAGGUUAUUGUUACAGAGGCGGCCACAGCAGUCAGCCCCCCACAACCACGAACUGUGGAGAAGAGAGAAAUAGCGAAACAAACAAGUGUGGAGGAAGACAGGUACCGCAGCUGCAGGUUUGCACUGUUGACUCAGCUGAACAGAAACGAGCAAUGCAUGCUGGGAGAUCGUCCUUCAGAAUCAGUCACUCCCACAGACCUGCAAAAACGACACAGAGAAUUAAAGUCUCUGUGGGACGAAACAGAGUCAUUGUGGAAGGAUUAUGAAACACUGUGCAUGCAGGCUGUACAGUUUAAAGACCGCACUGCCGAACAGGACCGGACUGAGCUCACUGUCAGGUGGAGAGAUCAGAGGUCACAGUUACAGCGCAGGGUGGAUUCACUGGGAGCAGCACUGGAGCUCAUGGACUCAGUUAAGCAGAAGAUCUCUGAGGUUUCUGAAAGGCUGGACAAGUUCAUUAAAGUACCUAAAGACAUUAAGGGAUACACACUAGCCAACCCUGCCAUAUUGAGAGAUGUGAAGGAUUUAGACGAAAGUAUCCAAGCAGAGAUGGAUCGUCUCUCUCGAUUCGACUCUGAGCCUAGUCAUCUGGACCUGCGUGACCGGUCACCUCUCACUCAGGUGGUUCUGAAUCACAGAUCCAGCCUGGACCACCUCAGACAACAAGUGCGCAAGAGUGACGCCGCUGCCCGUGCCCUCGAUCGCUUCCUCAUGUCCCUGCGCACCGUCGAGCUGGAUGUGACUGCUGUGCAGAGCGCUUCCAGCAGUGAUGCUGCGGUGCUGCAGGACAGCAGAUCUAAACUGGCACUUAUCAGGAAGGGAGUCAGCAGUCUCAAUGAUAAGGCUCCGCAGCUAGAUCAGCUCUUGGGUGGAGCACAGCUCGACGUGACCCAGGACGGCAGCCCUGUUUCCUGCCUGGACAUGGUGGGGGUCCUGGUGCGCAAGGUGGAGGAGGUAGAUGACAGGUUGAUUAUUCGACAGAAGGACCUCCAGAAGGAACAGAAGAGCCACGGAUUUGGUCUGAGGAGAAAGACAUUGCUGGCUGAGCUGAGGAAGGUGCAAGGGGCAGCAGAGAAACAGGGACUGAAGGAUCCCACCUUGCCAGCCGUACAGCACAGGAUGCGUGCGCUGUCCGAUCUUGAAUCUCAACUUAACUCACUUCGCCCGGAAUACCAAAGCAUCAAGAUGGCUCUGUCCGAACUCUCCACACAGAAAGAGGAGCAUGAUCCAGCAGAGGAGGAACUGAAAUCCCUUUGGGAUGAGACAGAGAGAUCUGUUUCUGACAGACAAGAGCAGUGCACCGUUUUAAUGGAACUGCUAAAGAAGUUUCAGAACUGUCGCAGUUACCUUGGCAACACUCUACAGAGGGCGGAGCAAACAAUUAAUGAGCAGGCGUCAUAUAUGGGCAAAGACAACCUGCAACGCCUCCUCACAAAAGUCAUUGGUAUAAAGGAGGAGCUCAGUGGCCUCGGAUCAAAGAUAGAAGAGUUCAGAGUCGUGUGCAGACAGUUGCAGUCUCAUCUGAAAAAAAUCCCUGACUGCUCAGAAACUCCAUUUGAAAUGGAGGCAGAUGGUUUGGUGGACUCUUGGCUGGAUGUGUCAGAGAAAACAGACAGUUACAUGGAUAACUUGCGUGUGGCUCAGGAGAUGUGGGAGAAACAGCUGGUUCUGGGUGGAGAAUUGGACAGCUGGACUUCCACUAAACUCAUCAUCUUCUCAGAGUCUCACCCUUUUACCAGCGAGAGUGAAGUUCUCAGCAUGAAGAAUGAGAUUCAAAGCCAGGAGGACAACAUUGAAAAUUUCCAUAGAAAGUUAUUAGAGAUCCAAGAACUUCUUCAGAGCAAAGAAUCUCCUCUUGAAUUGCAGAUAAUGGAAACAAACCUGAGAAAGAAAAUGGAGCAGGUGAAGGAGCUCUUCUCCGACUGCACUGACGUGUUUCAGGAGCUCCUCACAGUUAUAGCUCAUCUAACUCAGAAGAUCAACACCAGUCAGUCAUCUGUGGAGAACAUACGUUCCUCAGCUGAAAUGGUCUAUUCAGAAGACCGCGCACAGAUGGAAGCACAGUUACAGGACCUGAGUGAGCAGCUUCUGGACCAGGAGGAACAAGCUGACUCUCUGCUGAAGGAAAUCAAUCUCAUGUUCAGUAUUACUGGACCGCAAGUAAUGGACGACCUGAUCAAUCACAGCAAGCGUCUUAAAGAAUGCAUCGCAGAAACUAAGGAGCUGAUUCGUCAGAAUAAAGAACAGGGGGAGAAGAGCUUCCUGCAGACUAUCAAAGAAAAAUUCAACUCAUUUGAGGAAUGGUUGCAGGAUGAGCAACUGUCUGUGAAUGAAUGUUUUGAGAACCCAGAGAGAAGGGAGGAUGUGGAAGCAUCCAUGCAAAGACUGACGGGUUUUCUAGCCUCUAAAGAAGGAGAACAGCGUCUGGGCCAGUUGAAGGAGAUGUUUGAGAGAAGUGGACUCGAAAAAUUGCCUUCUGAGGCUCAAGCUUUGUUCUCCACAUGGCAGCAGGAACAGGAAGGAGAACUGGCCACUCUCAGAGCUCACUGCCAGGGACGACAUAAACAGCUUGACGACAUCCUAGAUAAUCUUGACAGUUUGCAAAAAGAGCAAAACCAUUUGAAGGACUGGCUUCAGCAGAAAGAGGAGGUGCCCACAGAGAGACAAAAACUAAGACAUCUACAAGAGGAGUUACUUCAAGAAAGUGGACGUGUGGAGGCCUUUCAUGACCUGUUGUCCACCGUAAGGAUGCGUGGCCUGAGAGGCGACCCUCUGAUCAAAGACAGCGAAGCACUGAUAGACAAAUACCACAGCAUGGGGAUUAUUUUAGAGAACCAGGCUCAGGUCCAUAAGGCACUCGAUGAUCAAACAGAAACAUUUCAAACAAAUGCAGAGCAGACCAGAGCCUGGAUCAGAGAUUUAAAACAAGGACUAGAGAUCUUGGAAGAAAACCCUACAGUGCAAGAAAAACAAAGUAAAGCUCAGGCUGUUCUUAAUCGGACUACUGAUGGAGACACAAAAUUAGCUGCUCUGAAAGAGGAGGUAGAGGCUUUAUGUGCCCAUGAGAUAUUGGAGGAUACCACGAGACAGGAGCUCAUUUAUACACUGAGAAACACAGAAGAUGAAUGGAAAAGGCUUCUGGAUAGUGCCCAGCAACUGAAAAAACAAGCAGAGGUCCAAGACUCUCUCACCAAAGAACUACAAGACUACAAGGCCCAGGAAGAGAGCAUCCAGUCCUGGGUAAGAGAACAAUUGCAAAUUCUGCAAUCUUUGGGAAAGGAUCUUCAGUCACAGGAAAAACUCAACAAAGUUCAGGCUGUCUUAAGCCUUCAUCAUGAAGCUGCUUCCAGACUGGCCAGUUUAAAGAGACAAGGCCAGAUUGUAUGUUCUUAUAAAGAACUUGACAAUGAGAGGAGGAGCCACAUUGGCCAAACCCAGAGCGCGGUAGAGGAGGAGUGGAGUAAAGUGGUACAACUUGCUCAGGAGCUGGAGAACCAGGUCAUGCAUGAGGAUUCCAUCUGCAGGGAGCUGCAGAACUUUUGGGAUCAGGAAGACGAAGCUCGCUCCUGGAUUACGCAGCUGAAAAACAGCAUGGAUUUUCUUGCUGGAACAUUUUCUAUACAGGAGAGGCUUAACAGGAUUGAGGCAGUACUAGCUCUCAGAUCUGAGGGUGACUGUAAACUUGCUGACUUGAAGAUAAAAGGAGAAAGUCUCUGUUCCUGUGAAGAUCUAGAGGAGAACAAACGUCUUAUAAUCCAACAGACCCUACAGGGUUUACAAGAAGAGUGGAUAGGAGUUAUAAUGAAUGCACAGGAGCUUAAAAGCCAAUCAGAACUUGAGGAUUCUCUUUCGAAGAACCUUCAGGAUUAUCAGGAACAUGAGAAAAACAUUCAAUCCUGGAUCAGAGAGCAGCAACUGAAGGUUGAAUUACUCGGUAAAGAUACCCAGCUACAAGACAAAAUUACUGAAGCUCAGGCCAUCCUGGACUUAGAAUCAGAUGGAGAUUGCAAGCUUGCCUCUCUGAGAAGGAAAGCAGAAGAUUUGUACUCUCAAGAAGGGCUAGGUGAGAAAAGAAAGCAGGAAAUCAAACAGAGGCUGAACUCAAUUGAAGAAGAAUGGAAAACGGUCAUGGCCGGUGCUCAGGAACUGAAGAACCAGUGUGAGCUCCGGGAUUCUCUUUCAAAGGAGCUUCAGAACUUCCAUACCCAGGAGGACAGCGUAUGUUUCUGGGUGAAGAACCAGAAAGAUGAACUGGAAUCACUGGGGAAAAGUACCCACGGCACACAGGACCAGAUUGAGGAGAGAUUGAACAAAGCACAAGCAAUCCUUACCUCUCGAUCUGAAGGCAACUCCAAGAUUGCAGACCUGAAAAGGACAGCGGACAAUCUUUGUUUCUGUAAAGACCUGGAUGAAGACACAAAACGUUCACUUACUGAUACGAUCAAACGCUUAGAGGCAGAUUGGAAAGACACCCUGCAGCAGGCACAAGAGCUGCAAAGUCUGCUAAAAAGUGUAGUGGAGCGUCUGGAGUCCUGUCACUGUCAGCGAGAGCAGCUUCAGUCCCGUCUGGAGCAGGUGAAACAGCAGAUAGCUGCACUACCUCAUCACUUCCCCUGGCCUGGUUUGGGGGAUCGGAGGCACACAGUGGAGCAGGCCAGGAGUCUGCUGGAUCGCACCCGAAGCUUGACACCAUCUCUAUCUGCUGUUCGAGCACUCGGGAGGGAGAUGAGCCAGUUGACCCGAGAUUCCAGCUGGAUUGAUCCGUCCUGGACUACCAUGGAGGAGUGCAUACCAGAAUUAAUCAAAGAGCUUACGGAAUUUUGUGUAAAUCUUGAGGAGGAAAUCCGAAAAGAAAGAGUUUGUGCUCAGUUAGUUGAGCAGCACACCGUAGCUCAGGAUUGGCUGAGAGAGCAGGUCAAAAGUUUCGGUCCUCUGCCCACUGAACGCAGGGAGUUACAGAACUCUGUUAACACUCUUAAGGCUCUUCAUCAGACCGUAAAGAGGGAAAAGAAUGAAAUGAGAGAACUUGAAGCUGUUAAAAAUUCCCUAAUGGACCUUUGUACUCCCGGAGGUCGUGAUGCCCUGACCUUAGAGGUCAGCCACCUUCACGACCUCUGUGAAUCCUCUGAGAAGGCGAUGAGGGAACGGUUAGAGGUGUGUGAGGCCAGAUUGGGUGAUAUUGACCUCAGGCUUGCUGAGAGGGCAGAGAUGAUCAGAGCGCAGGCAGAGAUCCUCCUGGAUGAACUGCGUGCUCAGGACAAUUCUUUAAGUUUUCUGGAGAGCAGCAAAAACAUCAGCCAACUACAGGACAACUGGCAUAACUUCAAGAUUUGUGAGAAAGAGAUUGAGGCUUUGGAGGGCAAAGUUCGGGACCUUGGACAGGCCCUUUUUAUGUCCCCUCCAGAUGAGAACCCACCUAUUGAUGUCAUUUCUAUGGUGGACACAGUUACGCAGCAAUAUUGCAGUUUGCGGUCAAAGCUGUCCGAAAAGCAGAAUGAUUGCGCAGACAGCACCGUGCAGUGUGUUAGACAGGCCUUACAAUGCGUACAGUCCUGGAACCAAAUAAAUCAUGCAAAUCUUCCCUGCAAUUCAGCCACGUCAGUGCAGGCUGCAAUUGAGGAAGGGGCAAAACUGCGUAAAAAUCUGCAGGUGGCUCUGUCCCAUAAGCAGUUGCUAAAAGAUUGUCUGGGUCCUGAUUUGGCUGGCAAACUUGAAAGGGAUGGAACAAAAACACUAAACGAAACAGACACUCACAUCAACAACCUUAAAGAGGAGCUUAAGCUUCUUGAAGAGAAGGUGAAACAAGAAGCUGAGAGGUUGGCACGGGAGGCUCCAAGCAUCCAGCUUGAGUCACAGGUUCCCACUGUGACAAUAUCAACCACUUUUGAACAGUCAGAAAUUGUUUCAUGUUCUUCCUUUGUCACUGAGAGUGGAUUAAAGACAGAUGAUAAUGAACAGGAUAAGAUACAGGCAACUCAAAAUCUGGACAGAAAGGUACCUGAAAGUGUAAUCUCAGAAACCGUAACAGAGAUAGAAACGUACACUACAAGACAAUCACUACCAGCGUUAAAUCUGUCACUCAAGCAGGCUGAUCUCAAAACCACUGCCACUGAGAUAGUACCUGAACCGGACACAGGGGUAUGUGAAACACCUGUUCUUACAAGCAGCAGUGGAGCAAAUGAAGAUGUACAGGAGUUGAGUUUUACCUCUGUUGCUUUGGAAGAAAUGGCUAAGAGUGAUCCAGAUGUAGAGGAAAAGAUGCAGAUUUUCUCAUCUGAAGCUCUCCACAGCUUGGAAGACACAAUGAAGGAAACAUUAAGCAUUGAAAAGCAGGAAACACAAUUUUCAAUUGAAACUUUGAGUUCAGACCCUUUUUCUGAAAAGGUGGAGGGUGAGAAUAUUGGGGUAGUAACUGUAGAGAAAGACGAUGAGGAUUCACUCAUUCCCGAUUCUCAAGAGCAGUGUGCUGAAGCAGAAAUACAAACAAAAAAGGUAGCUGCGCUCAUUUUGGAUGUCAAUACUGUUCACAUACAGAGUGUCGACGUACCCAAAGAAAGUAUUAUAGAGAGUACAUUUUCUACUAGUGCUACUGGAAAUGAGAACACCAUGGAUAAACAAGAUAAAGAAUUGGACUUCCUAAAAGCUGAGGAUUUUGAGGCAGCAAUAGAAGCAAGGAGCACUGAAUCUUCUCUGAUUGAGACAGGUGUGGUAAGUAUAUCAGAGAGAAGUUCAGCAAUAGCACCAGAGCAGUCACAGCUCACUGAGAUUGAUAAUAACAAACAAGUGCAAGCAACAUCAGCUGCACCCACUGAAACACAAAGCACUGGAGAUGCUGCUGCAAGAGGUGUUGGAACAUUAACUUGGAACAAUGGUCCCUCUCCUGAGCAAGCUAACAGAGAGGGAAACUGGACUGCAGAUAAUGGCCCACGUGAACUCCAAAGCAGAUAUAUUGUUUUAGACUUCCCAGAGGAGAUGGAGAUACAGAGACAUACUGCCACUUCUUCUACAGAACCCACUGAGGCAGAAAUUCAGCGAUCUGCACAUCCAUCAUCAGAAAGAGUGGAGACAGAAGCUGGGCAAAUGUCUGCUGAAGUUGAAACAGAGCUUGUGACCAGCACAAGUAAGCAUUUAGAAGCAUCAGAAGAGGCUAAACCAGUACAAGCAAUCCCAGACCUACCUGUACCAAUGAGGCAAAAGAAAGAUUCAGUCACAAGUGAAAUUUUAUCUUUUAAUGUGGAAGAAAAACCUACAGGAGGAGAAGUGGUGUACGUUGUUAAAGAAGAGACAGAGACUUCAACAGGUGAUCAAGCACAAUCUAUCAAACUUAAAUCAACAUCACCAGUCAGACAACGAAAUGAGGUUGAAACUGACUUACAGUCACAAAAGGUAGAUGUUUCAUUAACACCAAAUGAGAAAAGGGUAGGUGGAGACGCCAUGUAUUUUACUGAGGAGACAGAAACAAAAAAGACCAUUUCAGAUGAUAAAGCACAAUGCAUAGAAUCUAAACGUAAACCAACAACACCAGUCAGGCAACGAAAUGAAGGAAAAACCAAAGAGAAGACUGAAGUUGGGGAUAUUGUGUAUGUUACUGAAGAGGUAGAAGCAACAAAGACCUCAUUAGGGGAUAAAGCACAAACAAUCAAAUUUGAACCUAAACCAGUGCAGACUAUAAGCCAAGUAACUGAGGGUGAACCUGAGGUUGAGUUAGACAAGGUAGAUUUCUCAUCAACACCAGAGGAGAAACCUGAAGGUGAAAACACAAAUCGUGUAAUUGAGGAGGGAGAAACAAAGAUGACCCCAUCUGGUGACAAAGCACAAUCUAUAAAAGCUCAGCUUAAACCAACACCACCAGUUAGAAGAAGAAAUGAGGGCAAUAGUGAGGUGGAUGUCACACCAACUCCUCCCAGUAGACGGCGUAAAGGUGAUAGGUGGUCUUUAGACCUUGAAUCACAGACACUUGAGGAAGAAGUCCUUCCCACCCCUCCAAGCAGAAGACGUAGAGAGAAAAUGGACAGUAAGCGGCUUUCACUUGAUCUGGAAUCUCAACCCACACCACCAGCAAGAUGGUGUAAAGAGAAAGAUGACAGAAGAUUGUCACUUGAUUUGGGAGCCCAACCAACACCACCAGUAAGACGACGUAAAGAGAAUGAAGGCAGCAGAUUGUCACUUGAUUUGGGAGCCCAACCAACACCACCAGUAAGACGACGUAAAGAGAAUGAAGGCAGCAGAUUGUCACUUGAUUUGGGAGCCCAACCAACACCACCAGUGAGACGACGUAAAGAGAAUGAAGGCAGCAGAUUGUCACUUGAUUUGGGAGCCCAACCUACACCACCAGUAAGACGACGUAAAGAGAAUGAAGGCAGCAGAUUGUCACUUGAUUUGGGAGCCCAACCAACACCACCAGUAAGACGACGUAAAGAGAAUGAAGGCAGCAGAUUGUCACUUGAUUUGGGAGCCCAACCAACACCACCAGUAAGACGACGUAAAGAGAAUGAAGGCAGCAGAUUGUCACUUGAUUUGAUAGCCCAACCAACACCACCUGUAAGACGACGUAAAGAGAAAGAAGAGAACCAAAGAUCAUUUGAUUUAGAAACUCAACCCACUCCGCCGACAAGAAGAUCUAAGCUAGUGAGUGAAUCAGAAAUUGAUACAAUAAAAAAAAAUUAUGAUCAACAAACCCAUGUGCCAAAAUACAUUGAAGAGCCUUCUGUUAAACCAACCCCACCUGUCAGAUGCAAAGUUAGCGUAGAAACUGAUUCAACUGUGACAGUUUGCAAAACCCAAGAAGAGGAGACCUUUUUCAAACCCACACCACCAACAACAAGAAAAGAAACUAAACUUGAAGAAGAUAUUAAAGCAGCAGCUGCUCAGUUGCAAGAAGAGAAAAUUAUUGUUAAACCAACCCCACCUAUGUGGCAAAAAGACAAUCAAGCGGAGACUGAGAUGGUUUCUGUCAUACCUGAAAACCAACUUGAAGAAGUUUUGCCACAGCUAACCCCACCAACUAGGCGAAAGAAAGAUCAAACUGAAACUGACAGAGUUUCAUUAAAGCCAGAAGAGCCAGAGGUCAUACCAACUCCAGGUUUGGUUUCUGCCAUGCCUGAAAACCAACUUGAAGAAGUUUUGCCCCUGCCAACUCCACCAACUACACAAAAGAAAGAUCAAACUGAAACUGACCAAGUUUCAUUAAAGCCAGAAGAGCCAGAGGUCAUACCAACUCCAGGUUUGAUUUCUGCCAUGCCUGAAAGCCAACUUGAAGAAGAUUUGCCCCAGCCAACUCCACCAACUAGACGAAAGAAAGAUCAAACUGAAACUGACAGAGUUUCAUUACAGCCAGAAGAGCCAGAGGUCAUACCAACUCCAGGUUUGAUUUCUGCCAUGGCUGAAAACCAACUUGAAGAAGUUUUGCCACAGCUAACCCCACCAACUAGGCGAAAGAAAGAUCAAACUGAAACUGACAGAGUUUCAUUAAAGCCAGAAGAGCCAGAGGUCAUACCAACUCCAGGUUUGGUUUCUGCCAUGCCUGAAAACCAACUUGAAGAAGUUUUGCCCCAGCCAACUCCACCAACUAGACAAAAUAAAGAACAAACUAAAACUGACCAAGUUUCAAUAAAGCCAGAAGAGCCAGAGGUCAUACCAACUCUAGGUAUGGUUUCUGCCAUGCCUGAAAACCAAUUUGAAGAAGUUUUGCCCCAGCCAACUCCACCAACUAUACAAAAGAAAUAUCAAACUGAAACUGACAGUGUUUCAUUAAAGCCAGAAGAGCCAGAGGUCAUACCAUCUCCAGGUUUGGUUUCUGCCAUGCCUGAAAGCCAACUUGAAGAAGUUUUGCCACAGCCAACUCCACCAACUAGACGAAAGAAAGAUCAAACUGAAACUGACCAAGUUUCAACAAAGCCAGAAGAGCCAGAGGUCAUACCAUCUCCAGGUUUGGUUUCUGCCAUACCUGAAAGCCAACUUGAAGUUUUGCCACAGCCAACUCCGCCAACUAGACGAAAGAAAGAUCAAACUGAAACUGAUCAAGUUUCAUUAAAGCCAAAAGAGCCAGAGGUCAUACCAUCUCCAGGUUUGGUUUCUGCCAUGCCUGAAAGCCAACUUGAAGAAGUUUUGCCACAGCCAACUCCACCAACUAGACGAAAGAAAGAUCAAACUGAAACUGACCAAGUUUCAAUAAAGCCAGAAGAGCCAGAGGUCAUACCAACUCCAGGUUUGGUUUCUGCCAUGCCUGAAAGCCAACUUGAAGAAGUUUUGCCACAGCCAACUCCACCAACUAGACGAAAGAAAGAUCAAACUGAAACUGACCAAGUUUCAAUAAAGCCAGAAGAGCCAGAGGUCAUACCUUCUCCAGGUUUGGUUUCUGCCAUGCCUGAAUGCCAACUUGAAGAAGUUUUGCCACAGCCAACUCUACCAACUAGACGAAAGAAAGAUCAAACUGAAACUGACCAAGUUUCAAUAAAGCCAGAAGAGCCAGAGGUCAUACCAACUCCAGGUUUGGUUUCUGCCAUGCCUGAAUGCCAACUUGAAGAAGUUUUGCCACAGCCAACUCUACCAACUAGACGAAAGAAAGAUCAAACUGAAACUGACCAAGUUUCAAUAAAGCCAGAAGAGCCAGAGGUCAUACCUUCUCCAUGUUUGGUUUCUGCCAUGCCUGAAAGCCAACUUGAAGAAGUUUUGCCACAGCCAACUCCACCAACUAGACGAAAGAAAGAUCAAACUGAAACUGACCAAGUUUCAAUAAAGCCAGAAGAGCCAGAGGUCAUACCUUCUCCAGGUUUGGUUUCUGCCAUGCCUGAAUGCCAACUUGAAGAAGUUUUGCCACAGCCAACUCUACCAACUAGACGAAUGAAAGAUCAAACUGAAACUGACCAAGUUUCAAUAAAGCCAGAAGAGCCAGAGGUCAUACCAACUCCAGGUUUGGUUUCUGCCAUGCCUGAAAGCCAACUUGAAGAAGUUUUGCCACAGCCAACUCCACCAACUAGACGAAAGAAAGAUCAAACUGAAACUGACCAAGUUUCAAUAAAGCCAGAAGAGCCAGAGGUCAUACCAACUCCAGGUUUGGUUUCUGCCAUGCCUGAAUGCCAACUUGAAGAAGUUUUGCCACAGCCAACUCUACCAACUAGACGAAAGAAAGAUCAAACUGAAACUGACCAAGUUUCAAUAAAGCCAGAAGAGGCAGAGGUCAUACCAACUCCAGGUUUGGUUUCUGCCAUGCCUGAAUGCCAACUUGAAGAAGUUUUGCCACAGCCAACUCUACCAACUAGACGAAAGAAAGAUCAAACUGAAACUGACCAAGUUUCAAUAAAGCCAGAAGAGCCAGAGGUCAUACCGUCUCCAGGUUUGGUUUCUGCCAUGCCUGAAUGCCAACUUGAAGAAGUUUUGCCACAGCCAACUCUACCAACUAGACGAAAGAAAGAUCAAACUGAAACUGACCAAGUUUCAAUAAAGCCAGAAGAGCCAGAGGUCAUACCAACUCCAGGUUUGGUUUCUGCCAUGCCUGAAAGCCAACUUGAAGAAAUUUUGCCACAGCCAACUCCGCCAACUAGACGAAAGAAAGAUCAAAGUGAAACUGACCAAGUUUCAUUAAAGCCAGAAGAGCCAGAGGUCAUACCAACUCCAGGUAUGGUUUCUGUCAUGCCUGAAAACCAACUUGAAGAAGUUUUGCCCCAGCCAACUCCACCAACUAGACAAAAUAAAGAUCAAACUGAAACUGACAGAGUUUCAUUAAAGCAAGAAGAGCCAGAGGUCAUACCAACUCCAACCAAGCAUGAAGAAAGUUUGGAACAUGAAAACACUACUAUCUUAGCAAGAUUACAGUUAGAAGCCAGCGCUCAACCAGUAAACAAGCAGGAAGAUAUAGAGGAGCAUGACAGAAAGCCAUUGAUUGAUCAAGAGCCGCUAGAGGAGUGCCAGGACCCUGUAACCUUGGUCCAAGAACCCAUAGAUGUAAUCGGUCAAACUGAAAGCAUCAGUGAGAUGCAGCCACAAGAUCAAGAAGUGGAGGUUUCUGCCCAAGUUGGUUUUACCACUGAAAACACUGAAAGUCCAACAGAGGAAGUGGAGGAGCCAUUAGGACCCACAAUGAAGGAUAUAUUUAUGGAGAUCAAACAAAUGACGGAAAAAGGACCAAAACCUGUGCUAAUGGAGGGUAUGCCACAUAAAAGUAUCCUAAAAAUUCUGGACACGUCCAGUGCUGAUCUUGAAGCUCGGUUAAAAAGACUAGUGUUCCAUUUACUGGACCUUCGAAAUCACCCAGCUGCACUAAACUCCAAAGACAUGGCCAAACAGCUAGAGGAGGCUGAGGAAUGUAGAAGAUGUGCACAGAAACAAGUGUCUAUGCUGUCUAAGCAAGACCAAUCUAAUGGUGACAUUGACACCCGUUCCAAUGGCACAGUCUUUGAUUCUGAGCCCAUGCAACAACUGAGUGCGCAGUGGAGUGCAGCAUUGUGGGAUGCAGCAAGCGCUGUCCACUCCAAGGAGGCUCAACUACAGAUGGUUGCAGAUUUUCAAAGGCAGACACAGAAGGUCAAAGCAACUCUUGACAGACUCAAAACUGAGCGUGAGGCAUUGAGAACAUCUCCAGCUGAGAGUAGUUUUGUUGAGGAGGAAAGGCUGCGCUCUUUUUUGAGAAACAUUGAGCAGGAAAGAACAGCUCUCGGUGAGCUGAUUCAGACGCACGCAAAACUAUCUCCACACCUCAGUCUGGCCGAGAGACAAGCGGCAGAAAUACAGCAAAGCAACUUACAGGGCCAAUGGAGGGAGCUAGAGAGAGAAGCAGAAAGUGCUCUUUACAAGGUGAAUGCUUAUGCUAAAGAAAGUGCUAGCUUUCUUCAAGAGAUUGGUGUCUUAAAAAACCAUCUAGAGAACAUCCAGAAGACCCUGGAUGAAUCUAAGUCCUCACCAGCCUCAUGGGACAGCAAGAGAGCUGAAGAAAUUAUGAAUCUAAAUGCUGAACUCACCUCCACACAACAGCAGUACCUUAAUCUUCAGCAAACCUCUCAGGCUCUUGCCCAAGGAUUCCAAUUCAAAACAGAGACAUCCAGCAUAGAGCAGGACCUUCAGAACAUCAAAUAUCAGCUGGAUCAAAUGAGUGAAAAGAUAGCAGCUGAAACGCCAACCAGCAGCAACCCAAUGUUAAGUAAAAUUGUAAAGGUCAUAACAGAUGCUCUGGCUUGGGCCAAACAGACUGAAUGUGACAUCAAAGGACGGAAAAAUAAGGUGUCUCUGCUACCAGAAGAGGUCCAUCGACAGAUUAAAGAUUUAAAGAAACUGCAGUUAGAGAUGAGCUCCAAGCAAACCCAGCUGAAGGCUUUGGUUGAGGAAGUCACUGAGCUGAUACCCGAACUAGAAGCGGCUGAUGUUCCAAUGGUCACCUUAUCCUUGAAAGCUCUACAAGAUUUGUCUAAAUCUACUGCAGAGAAACUGGCCAAGGCGAUUCGAGAGAUAGAAUCAGGCCUUCAGACCAGGGAGAAGAUGUCAGAGCAGAUUGCAGAUGUUGAUUCCUGGGUGGUUGGACAUCUUUGUAGAGAAGCUUUAAGGAGAGAGGAUUAUUAUUUAUUAUUAGGUUUGAGUGCGGCAGACCUGGAUCGUAGGUUGAGGCAAAUCCAGGACACUCUUGGAGAGGCAGAAAAACAUUCUGCUGUCACUGAAGCUCUUCUGAUGAAAAGCAGAGACAUGUUCUCAGAGCUUAGUGUUUCCGAAAGUUCUCACCUCAAUGAGAAACUCACUAGCCUUCAAGAGGACAUCAAGAGUAUCAUCAGCUAUGAGAAAGCUUGCUCUCAGAAAGUUAUGGAUGUCAUACAGAGCCGCGAAUCCUCUCAGAGGAAGGUUUCAUCACUUGAGAAUAGCCUGAGGCAAAUGCUGGUUGACGUAAAAAGACACAGGUUCCCUGUUACCAAAGACACCAUGUCCUCCAUCGAGCCCUUAAAGCAGAUAGUCGUGGAACGUAAAUCUCAGAUUGAGCAAGUCAGUCCUUGUGCAGAAGACAAGAGACGAGAACUAUUAUGUGUUAUUACUGAACUGCAUCGCAGGAUGAAUGAUUUAGAUGUCAAAGCGCAGGAGCAUGAAAGGUACCUGAGUCUCAGGCAAUGUGUUGAAGAUCUCAUGAAAGAAGUGGAGGCUCAGAUUCCAAGGACCAGAGAUAAGAACAUUAACAAAGAGGAGCGCUACAAAGAUUGUCAGGUCCUAUUGACCCAAAUGCCUUUAUUAAAACUUUUGUGUGAAGAAACAAGAGAAGAACUCCAAGAAGUCAAAGCAGAUCUUUAUCCAACUCAGUGCUCUACUGAAGAAGCAAGACUUAAGCAAAUCCUGGAAAAUCUCACGACCCUGGAAUUGGCAGUGAACAACAAUCUUCGCAUACUGGAAUGGGACAUAUUGAAGCAUAUUCACUAUCCAUCAGAGCAGAGAACAGUUCAGAAAUUCCUCCAGGACACAGAUAAAGAGCUGGAAAAGCUUUGUUACGUUGAACCAAAAGAGAGAGUUGUUGAAAAAGAACUGAGAAAGUGCCUUGUGCUAAAAAAGGACAUUGAAUCCAGAAUGCGAGUGCUUGAGAAACCUGAAAAGAGAUCUGAAUGGAGGCCACAAGACUUAAAACAGCUUACUUGCUUGAAGGAUAUGGUUCUGGAAAAAUGUGAUCAACGAAUGGUAAACCUAACAAAAGCCAAAGAACUGUUGAGAAACUACACCAAGGCAUUGGUUAACACCAUUCGGUUCCUCCAUAGAGCUGCUUUGGUCCUCCUUCCCUCAGUUUGCUCUGCCAGAAGCUGUUCAGAAAGACUUAAAGAUACUGAGCAAGCUUUAUCAACCCUAGACACAGAGUUUCAGACCCAUGUUUUACAGCUCCAGGCUCAAACCCCACAGCAUCCCUGUUUCAAACCACAGAAAAUUGAGUUUCUUCAUACAGAGGUUUUAGGGAAGCUCCUGGUGUGUUUGUCGACCCUAAAGGCCCAGGCUGAAAUUCAGUUGGAAAAUCUGAAGAGUUGUGUUGAGUGCCAGAAACAAUCUCGUAAAUGCUAUGAGGAGCUUUGCCAGCAAGUGAGGGACUCAGAAACCUCGCUAUCACAAUGUGCUUCCAGUAAAGUUACUUCACACAAAGACUGUAAAGAAUUGCAACAGAAACUCAAGGCUCUAGUGGAAGAAGUUGAUAUGCUACCUGGGAAACUGGAUAAUCUUAGAGAGUGGUGUUCAUUGCAUGGCUGCAGAGCCAACAGAGAGGAUGCAGUUAGCGCCCUCUGGGGGCAGGUAGCAAGAUUGCAGCGCUGUGCCAAUGAUCUGCAUACACACUUGGAACGAAUGGAACGAGAGUGGAAGGAUGUCACCCAUAGUGUGGAGCGGGCAGCCACUAUAUUGGAGCAGGUGGAGACUGAAUUUCCAGAUAGCAACAUGGACAAUAUGACUGGUGAUGAACUGCAGGAACUACUGCUGUUCUCUUCCCAGUAUCAGGACAGAUUGGACUGUGAACAAAGAGCUGUCUCCGCAUUGGAAUUAAGAGUUGCGAGGUUGCUUGGCGUUCCCUCCCACCUGGAAAAGGCCCCACCUAUUGCACUUUGCCAAGAGCUUCAAGCCAUGCAGGAGCGUUACCAUAGUCUGAAGGAGCGCAGUGUUCAAGGUCAAAGGAAAGUGAAAGCAGAGGUGGUGGAGAGGGAACGGAUACAGGAACAGUUGCUGGGAGUCAGGGGAUGGCUGGAUGCUGCUGUCUCUCAUAUUUCUGUACUGGAACAAGAGCCCAGCAAGAAACAGCUACAGGAGGUUCACUCGCAGCUGUGUACACAGAAGGCCGCUCUGCAGCGUAUCUCAGAAGGAUUGAAAAUGAUGUACUCGGAGAGAAACACGCCGGUUCCUGAGGAGAUUGAGGGACUAAUACAGGAAGUCUCAAACUCAUUCCAGGAAGCAGAGAAGCAGGUGGAGACAGCUGUGGAAAAAAGCGGUCCGCUUUACAGACUCACUGCUAAGAUCUCCGAGAUUAAAGCAGGUCUGGGAUCAGUUCAGAGUUGGUUAGAGCAGAAGUGCUCGAACUUCGGUGAAGUUGAGAGCACACAGAAGCGUGUAUGGGACGAGCUGGAUGGUUUACACACUCGUCUGACGGUGGUGGAGGUGGAGCUACAGGACACGAGCGAGAUACAUCUGGAUGAGUCCCGUAUGAUUUUAGAAAACCUGGCAAAUGCUCAGCAGACGUACAGCAACCUUACAAAAAAGGCCGAACAGAGGACCAACUUCCUUAGCAAGAUCCAUGAUUGGCUGCUGGAGCAUGAGGAGAUGGUGAAGGGGUCACAGAGCUGGAUCACAGAGGCUCAAUCGUGGUUAACAACACCCUGUACAUACACCACCGCCAGAUGCCUUGACAGUCAUGUAAACGCACUGCAGAUGGUGCUGGAUGAUUCUGCUCAGAUGAGACGAACACUGCAGGGUUUCGGCGGCGUGUUAACAGAGAUGGGAAGCGUGUUUGAUGUCAGUCCAUUAGAGGAGCAGCUCUCGAAUGCUGACCGCCGUGUAGCCGACAUGCAGCACAGCCUGCUGGGAUUUCUCUCUCAACUUGAAAAUGCAGCAGCUGAAGUGGACGCAAUUGAAGCAGAGAUGAAGGUUAUGGAGAAAGAUGCGGACAAAAUAAAAUCUACCCUGACCACCGAAGAGGGCAUCAGUCUGGACAAACUCAAGGCCAUUGAGAACAGGAUUGAUCUGAUGAAAAGGACCGUCACUGAGAUCCAGAACUGUAAGGAUGGUCUGUGUCUUCCUGACAAAGCUGAAAACACACUCCUUGUGUUCAAAAGAGCUGAACUAUUACAAAAAAAAAUCCUGGAACUGGAGCAGCUGGCUUUAGAAUACUCGAUCGAGGUGCAGGAGAUUUUUGCCCCGCUUCCCGAUACCACCCCUCUCAGUGCCCCACCCCACAGCACCACAUCUCUCUGUGUUCCAGACACUAUUGCUGAGGAGGAGACACAGGAGACUGGUGAGAUUCAGAUUGUGCAUGUUGAGGAGGACGUGUUGAAGAAAUCAGGAGGGACCCUGAUGACAGUGGAGCAGUCCACACCUGAGCAGAGACACUCCUGGAUCUCUGAGAAGAGCUGCCAAACGCCCAAAGAGGCACAGCCGGAGUCUAAUGAAGCAGAGAAGCUCAGCGAAGUUGUGGAGGAGACUAUUGAGGAACAUGAUGAUAAAAACAAUAAAGAAGAUACAGAUGAAAGAGAAAAUGAGUCUGGGGAGGCAGGAGGAACAUCUCCAUCUUUACUGAACCCUGAGACUUUCCUCCCGAUUAUGAAGCCGGAAUCUGAUGAAGCAGAGAAGCUCAGUGAAGUUGUGGAGACUAGAGAGGAACAAGAUGAUAAAAACAAUAAAGAAGAUGAAGAUGAAAGAGAAAAUGAGUCUGGGGAGGCACGAGGAAUAUCUCCCUCCUUACUGAACCCAGAGACGUCCUUCCUCACGAUCAUGAAGCCGGAGUCUGAUGAAGCAGAGAAGCUCAGCGAAGUUGUGGAGGAGACUAGAGAGGAACAUUGUGAUAAAAACAAUAAAGAAGAUGAAAGAGAAAAUGAGUCUGCGGAGGCAGAAGAAAUAUCUCCCUCCUUACUGAACCCUGAGACGUCCUUUGUCUCGUUCAUGAAGGAAACUGCUUCUUCAGCGCUGGUUGACUCUGCAGAGCAAAACCCUGAACCACCCAAUACAACAGACCCAGAGGUAGCAGCGGACACUGAAUCAAACACACUGGUAGAAGCUUCAUGUGAAGGGGAUGCAACAGAGGAAAGCACGUCUCUCCUUGAUGAAAUGGCCACCGUUGAAGCUGGGGAUUCGGUUGGACGGUUGUAUGGUGACGAUCUGCUCCAUGCCUGCCGUGAGAGGGCCUUACAUCUGGAGGAGUGUCUGGAGAGAGCACAGAAGCUGGAAGAGUCGAGACCACGGGACACGGCAAUGCAACACAGCGUUGAGCAACAAAUUCACACCUGCCAGACGAUUCUCGUGGAGAUUGAAGAGAAGAUCUCCUGUCUUCCUGAGUGUGGUCUGAAGGAACAGGAGCAACAACACGAAGUGGAAUUGCUCAACACGAAACUCCAGCUGUUAAAGAACAGAUUGGUGACCGUCCUGUUACAGCUGCAGGGCAAACACAGUGUAGAGCAGGUGUGUGUUGAGAGUGAGCGCCCCCUGCAGGCCAGGUUAACACGCAGCAGCAGUGUACAAGAGAUGUUGAGCUCCUCCAGGGGCAAACUGUUCAGACAGAGCAGUCUUCAACAACAGAAGGAAUUGGAGCAUGGUUUAAAUGAACAGAGGGAUCUAACCAAAGCUAUCGCAAUUCAAGGCAGCGGAGCAAGAAAACACAGCCAGAGUACAGAUGAACACACAUGCCCUCCAGCAGCAACAGAGGAUGAAGACAAGAGACAGGAAGUACAAUCAGCAGUGUACAGGAAGUGGAUACACCUCCACAGUCGACUGACUGAGAAAGGAGAGACCCAGAAUGAUGGAAGCAAGGAAGAUCCAUCAGAGAUACUCACUCCAUCUGUAUGUUUGUGGAGUGGAGCUGCUGUUUCUAUCUGUCGGCAGGAGAUUCAGUCAAACAUUGCACAGCUUAAAGAACUGAAACAAUCUGCAGUUUCACAGGAUCAUCAGACUCUGGAUGAAGGCCUUUUUGAAAUGUUGAGUGGUGUUAAUCUCACUCUCUGUUCUCUUACACACGCUGUCCAGUUUCAACCCGCAAACUCCCACACCGACAUAGAUGACCAGCUGCAGCAGUUACAGGGUUUAUCUGAAGAAUUGACCUCCUUGGGUGACGUGUUGACCUCUCAUGGUUCAGAGGUCAUAAAGGUGUUAGAUCCAAAUUCAGUAGUAUCAGAGACCUCUUUGUGCCUGGACCUGCUGACACAGCGAUUAUGUGAAGUUCAGAAGACUCUAACUGAGAAACAAGAAGAGCUACAGGACCGACAAAAACAGACUAGUCAGCUACAGAGAAAAAUACAAGAUGUGCAUGAUUCAGUAAUAACUAACAAGUCAGCCCUUCACCCUACAACUAAUGGAGAAGCCCACUCUGAUCUUCACACACAGCUGCAGGCUGUCGCUGGGUUGAAAGAGGAGGUGGAGGAGAGAGAAAAAGUGCUGGUGGAACUCAAAGAGACAGAAAGUCAGAGCCAACCUUCAUCUCACCUCACACAGCAGAUCAGCACACUGGAGGCGGUAUUGGACAGUGUCUGGAGUGAUCUAGAACAACGUUGUGGAGCUCUGCAGUGGAGUUUAGAUCAGCAGCAGAUGAGUGAGAGAAUACUGAAGGGUCUUCAGAGGGUCCUGCAACUGGGGAGAGAAAAACUCACCUGCAGCUUUCACCUGGACCUUAACAAUCCUGCACAAAUACAGACAGAGCUCAGCACGCACACGAAGUUUUUCCUGUCUCUGGGACGUCACAUGUGGAGACUGCAGCAGCUGAGGGUUAGGAUGUCACACAGCGCCCCCUCUGGCUGGGACGCUGCAGUGUCUGAAAUUGAAUCUCAAGUGUCUGGUGUCCUGCAGCAGGCUCAGGGUGUUGGAACUCUACUGAAUUCAGUGCUGCAGGUUUCCACACAAUAUGAGGAAAAUCAUUCCUGGUUAGAAACAUUGCUACAGAUGUUAGAGACUCAACUUCCCAUAAUGCCUCUGCGGGAACAAACCGAAGAGCAGCUCAGCACAAACAUUUCCAUCUAUCAGAGUGUGCAGGCAGUCCUGGAGGAGAACAGAGCUCGGGUCAGUCUGGUUCUGGAUGAGGGCCACAGACUCCUCUCACAGAUUUCUGUUAGUGAAAUGGGCAUUCCUAUACAUAUAACGGGAAACUCUACAUUAAGGCUGGAGCAGCGAUUGGCUUCUCUUCAAAUAAAGGUGGAGCAGGGACUGGAAUCCACCCACCGACUACAAAAGCUUUGGAACAGAUAUCAAAAUGAUUCUCAGGCUUUGAAUGCGUGCAUAGACUGGGCCAAAGAAAACCUGAAUACAUGGAAAGAUCACAUGAUCUCAGGUGAACAGGAAACAGACCACGGCCUUUCCUACUUUCAGCAAUUCACAGACUUUGUUAAGGAGCUAGAAGCAAAAACCGCCCUAAAGGCAUCAGUGGUCAGUUCUGGAUCUUUGAUCCUGAUGCUUGGUGAACGAGAACAAAACAUUUUGACAAAGAAGAACAGCAAAACCAAUACUGCAGACAUGCAGACAUCUGAAUCUGGCAACAGUUCCACCGAUGUCCUCGAAAACAGUCCUGAAAAAUCCUCAUCUGUAGAUGUCAACAUUGCUACUGAGGACAAUUUUGAUGCCAAAUUAUCCUCAGGUCAAAACAUAUCUACACAGGAAUCCCAAAUUAGAAAAGAGACAUCAGACACACAUGUGUCCAAAUGUAGUUCUUCUCAAGAUGAUUUUCUUCCACCACAUGUCAGUUCAGUGGGCAUCUCUGUAGCCAAAGACACAAAUAAAGACACAACCUGUGAGGAAAAAGCUUCAUCCACACCAGACACUAUUCUGUCUCCAGUACUGCUAUCUCUGCAAUCCCAGUUAUCUCGGGUGGAGCAGGACUGGAUGACGAUACAAUCAGAAAUACCAGUUGUCCAACAGAAACUGCAUCAGUUUGUUGUGGAGAGGCUGUCUCCUGAAGCACUGCUGGCUGAUCUGUGUGGCUGGAUUACAGACGUUGAGAGCAGGUUACAGGCGGCCGAGCAAGAGGGUCACAACACCUGCACUGCUGCAGAGCUCACACACCUGCUCAAAACAUAUCAGGAGAUGAAGCGAGAGAUAAGUUGUCAGCAGAUGUCUGUUGAGUUUAUUAAUCAGUGUGAGUUGAAGCGGGUCGAGUUUGACUCCCAUACCUGCAGGUACAAACACACUGCAUUUGCCGAAAGCAUGGGACAAGUAAAUCUGCGCUGGCUCACUCUGCAGGCUCACCUGAACACACAGAUUCGACACACUGAAGAACAGGUGAGGAUAUGUGCUGACCGUGAGAACAAGCUGCAGCUCUUGCAGCAGUGGAUCAAAGAUCAAAAACAAUGGAUGCGAUUGGCUGAACGACCUGUCAGUUAUGCGUGUGCUGAGAAGAGUCUCAAACACUGUGAAGAGCUAAUGGAGACAGUGAAUGCCAAACUUACAGAACUUGCUGAUCUGAGGAAGAGGAGACUUAGCCAUGAUGAAGAUGAAGAAUUCUUCACCAAAGUUCAAAAUCUCUCGCAGUCUUUAACCGAUCUUUCUCAACAGGGUACAGACCUUGGGAAUACUCUACUGCAGGUGUGUAACACGUGGUCUGAGUUCGAAAAUGGGAGGAGACAGAGAAUUCAAAACACAAUGAGGAUCCGUCAAUCACUAGAGUACUGCCACGCCCCUCUGCCCUCCAUCUCUGCCCUCCAGUGCAAUGUUAAUAAGCUACAGGUCCUUAAAGUUGAGGCCGAGGAGUUUGACAGGACAUGGGAGGAUCUUAGCAAAACAUUCUCAAUCUUUAUUGGUGGAAUUAGCAAAGACACCGCCCAGAUAUUAUCGGCGCAAUUAGAAAAAGAAAAAGCAAGGUGGACAGAAGUGAAGGAAAUGGUCAUGCACACAUUGGAAAAGACACAAUGUCUUCUGAAGCUUUGGCAGAGAUACUCUGAUAUAAAACACACCUGCUCACAGCAGCUUCAGCAUUAUAAAACGCAGCUCAACAAACACAGUAAAGCACCUGCUGACCAUGACACACUCAAACACAGCGUCGAGGAGCUAAAGCGAGUGUUACAGAAAGGUUCAGAGACUCUUCACGUUGAUGUGGAUCAAAUGCUUGAAGCAUCUAAAGAUCUGAUUGAACAGAUGGAUGCUGAAGAUGCUGUUUUUAUUAAGUCAGAGUGCCGUUUGUUAACCCGUGGUUACCAUCAGUUAAAUCAAACUCUGACGGGAAGAAUUCAACAUAUGCAGGAGGAUCUUGAGCAGUUUCAAGAGUUUGAAAGAUUAUUCCAGACCCUUGAAACACAUUUACAACAGUGGGAAAACAAGCAAAGGAUGAACAGCCAGCACAACGACAUAUCUGAGUUGGGUCUGAUUGAGCUCAGUUCUUUGUCUCCUGAUCUGGAUUUGCUGAACACGCUCAGCUACAGACUGACCCUCAGUGAUCCUGUGACUAAAAGGCUGCAGAACUUUAACAAGAAGUGGGCACAGGCCUCUGCACAUGCUCAGGAGAGAUGCAGUGAGUUGCAGGCAGCGUCUCUUCAGCAUCAGAGCUUCGAGCAGAAAUGUGAAAGCUGGGUGGCUUUCCUACAGCGAAUGGAGGAUAGUUUGGCUGUAGAAAUCUCAUCAACUUACUCUGGUUUAAGAGAACAACAACGCACACAUCAGUGUUUUCAAGCCGAGUUGUCUUUAGGCCAUCUGAUACUUCACUCUGUGAUCAGUGAAUCUCUCCUUCUAUUGCAUAAGGGAGAGGUGGAGGACAGGAGUGACUUUCUGUUAAAACUGGCACAGCUGAGAGAGCACUGGCAGGGGGCGGUGCAGAGAUCAGCUCAACGUCGCACUCUAGUGGAAGGGCUGAUACAACACUGGCACCUUUAUACCCACACACUGCAGAGACUUCGCAGGCUCCUCAUGCUCACUCGUACACUUCUGUCACCCACAAUUCUAACAAAUUGUAGUCUCAUGCAGCUACGACUCUCUUUAGAUGAUCUUAAGCGUACUGAACUGUUGUUUCAAAGGUCAGUGUCUGCCUAUCUGUGUGUGAUGGAGGUGGGCAGGCAGCUGUUCUCUGUGAGUGACAUGCAUACACAAACACAGCUGCAGACGGACCUGGCAGCCCUGCAGGAGGACUGGGAGCAAUACCAGUGCAUGCUGGGAAAGAGGAAGACUCUCAUAUCUGACAUCAUCAAGAAGUGGGAGACCUGUGAGACUGGACUAGCCAAUCAGGCUCAGCGUCUGGAGGAGCUACAAGCCAGACUAAAGCAGCCGAUUUCAGAUCAGCAGGAGGAGAUGGAGGAGGAACACCUCCUUGUAAAGGAGGUUCAGGAUUGUUUGGACGAUUGGGCCGUCAGUUUGUCUGAGCUCAGCACCAUGAAGACGGACCUGUCCCAGUACAUCCUGACCGAUGAUGUUCUCCUCCUCCAGGAGCAAGUGGAACAUCUACACUGCCAAUGGGAGGACCUCUGCAUCAAAGUGUCUCUGCGUAAACAGGAAAUCGCUGACCGACUUAAUGCCUGGAUCAUUUUCAAUGACAAAAACCGUGAGCUGUGCGAAUGGCUGACGCAGAUGGAAAACAAGGUGGCACACAGCGCCGAGCUCAGCAUCGAGGAGAUGGUAGAAAAACUCAAGAAGGAUUGCAUGGAGGAGAUCAACCUCUUUAGUGAGAAUAAAACCCAUCUGAAACAGCUUGGAGAACAGCUCAUCACCGCCAGCAACAAGACCAAAGAGAACGAAAUCAAUGAAAAGAUCAAGGACAUUAAUGACCGAUGGCAGCAUCUGUUCGAUCAUAUAGAGUCCAGGGUGAAGAAGCUGAAGGAGACUUUAGUAACAGUUCAGCAGCUGGAUAAGAACAUGAGCAAUCUUCGUUCCUGGCUUUCCCGUGUUGAGAGUGAGCUGGCCAAACCCAUCACCUACAGUGUUUGCCACAGCGAUGAGAUACAACGCAAACUCACAGAGCAUCAGGACUUGCAGAGGGACAUUGAACAGCAUACAGAGGGAGUAACAUCUGUGCUGACCCUUUGCGAUGUAUUGCUGCAUGAUGCAGACGCAUGUGGCAGUGAUGGAGAGAAUGACUCCAUUCAGCAGACCACGCUCAGCCUCGACCGCCGCUGGAGAAACAUAUGUGCCAUGUCAAUGGAGAGAAGAAUGAGGAUUGAGGAGACAUGGCGACUGUGGUGCAAGUUCAUGGACGACUAUGCGCGCUUUGAGGAAUGGCUGAACACAGCAGAACGCACAGCGGCCAACCCUGCCACCAAAGAUGUACUGUACACCUGCGCUAAAGAAGAACUCAAAAAGUUUGAGGCAUUCCAGCGUCAGGUUCAUGAGCGUCUGACACAGCUAGAGCUGGUGAAUAAACAAUACAGACGUUUGGCACGAGAGAAUCGAACCGACGGUGCCAGUAAGCUAAAGGUGAUGGUACAUGAGGGAAACCAGCGCUGGGACUCGUUACAGAAGAGAGUGUCUGCAGUCCUCCGCAGGUUAAAGCACUUCACAUCUCAGCGUGAAGACUUUGAGGGGACCAGGGAAGCCAUUCUGGUCUGGCUGACUGAGAUGGACCUUCAGCUCACCAACGUGGAGCAUUUUUCAGAGAGCGACAUCCACGAAAAGAUGCGCCAAUUAAACGCAUUUCAGCAAGAGAUCACUCUAAACACCAAUAAAAUUGAUGCUUUGAUCGUGUUUGGAGAGAACCUGAUCCAGAAGAGCGCUCCACUGGAUGCCGUACUCAUCGAAGAUGAAUUAGAGGAGCUGCACUCGUACUGCCAGGAAGUGUUUGGAAGGGUCGCCCGAUUCCAUCAUCGCCUGAUCAACAGACGACCGAUUUUGGAUGAGGACAGAGAUUUCUCAGACAGAGACACUGAUCCAGAGGACGAGUUGAGUGCGGUGUGGGAGAGGGAACAGGAGGAAGAUGAAGCUGAUAUGGGCGCCAACGUACAGCAGUCUGCGUGUCACCUGAUACCAGCUACUCUGGAACACUCUGGACGCGAGACACCCGCCAGUGUGGACUCCAUUCCCCUGGAGUGGGACCACACCGUGGAUGUGGGGGGAUCAUCAUCUCCAGAGGAUGAUGAAGAGUUGACAUAUUGCAGCGCCCUAUCAGAUGUAGAGGUCACUGAGUGUUCUGAGUCAUUUGCUAAAGCUACAGCUAAAGCUCUGAGGGCUGGGACUGGGGGGAGAUCAAUUGUGGAGACGUGGCACUCACCGGAUUUGACAGACAGAAGACGAGCAAACAGAGACUUCAUACCCAGCCUGACUUCAUCACCUAACAGUUCACAGUAUCAUCCACAGGCCUAUGAUAAACUCAUGUCUGAGUGCGCCGGUAAUAUAGACAGCAUAAAGCGCGUAAAACUGAUUCUGGAUGAAGAAGAGCAACUGGUAGAUCAUGGACUUACAGCCCUCUCCGCUGCAGAUAAUACAGGGGUCAUCGAGCGAUGGGAACUCCUGCAGGUGCAGUCGUGUGGUUUGCCGCAAGAUCUUCAACAAUGGCACAAACUCAACUCUGACCUCUGUGAUGUCACGGCAUGGUUAAACGGUGUGAUCCCCGAGCUGGAGAAACUUCAGACGAUAGAGCCGAAAACCACCAUUAGAGACAUAGAGAGCAAUAUCCACAAACUCAAGGAAAUGCAAAGAACGUUUAACGGCUACAAAACGGCGAUGAUUGGUGUCAAUCUAAGUGGGCGGGGCUUCCAACACGGAGACAGCACUGAACUACAGGAGUUGCGUGAGAAUCUACAGUCAGCCAAUGAGAAAUGGGCACAGGCAUGUGCGGCGCUGGACCGUUGGGAACACAGAUUGCAUCAAGCACUCAUGGAGUGUCAGGAGUUUCACGAGACUCUUCAUUCUCUACUGCUGUGGUUAGCUAAAGCGGAGAGCCAGCGAUACAUGGUCAACAUUCAUGACCAAAACACAGACCUCCGUAUCCUACAAGAACACAAAGACACACUCGAGGCCGUUCAUCAGGAUUUACAGUCUCGUGAGAGGGAGGUCUGCUCCCUACAGGAAAUCUCCUCUCAGAUCUUGCUACAGGACCAGGAAGAGGACACGCUGGAGGCCAAAGAAAAAGUUCACGUCAUCAGCAACAAGCUUCGCCUUUUGAUCAGACAGAUAUCACAUGACCUGCAGACACUACAGAGCAGACUGGACUCAUCGGGUCCUGACAUGAGCGGAACAGUGUCAACACAGUAUCAGGAAGGUUCGAGGGUUCAGGCUGCUACACGGGGAUCUCCCGCAAGUGUGAAGUCUGAUUCAUCCCCAGGAAGGCCGUUUCUGUAUCGUGUGUUACGCGCUGCUCUUCCUCUGCACGUCCUCUUUCUACUCUUGCUGGUUGUGGCCUGUCUGGUGCCUCUCUCAGAAGAUGACUACAGCUGCACUCUCUCCAACAACUUUGCCCGAUCAUUUUACCCCAUGCUUCUCUACACCAACGGACCACCACCCACAUGAGAAUAAACCCUGUACCGUUAGUUUAAUACAGUUUAGAAUUAGAGGGAUAUGUUUACUGGAUUUAUCUCCUAUGGCCAUGAGAGAUAAAGCCAGAAUCAUGUCUGCAACAAUCAGAACCGUGCACUUGUACAGUGACAUCACUUCCUGUUUCAGGUUCCAGCAUCAAAGAGGGAAUGUGCUAAAGUCGCAUUAACCCCUAGAAACAUGUAUAUAUGUAUUCUUACAUGAAAGAAAUCCUCAUCAAAGGUGCACUAAAUUUAUAGUAUGUAGCAGAACAGAAGUCAUCUGCCAUUGAGUCAAAUGCUCUUGGUCACGGGAAAAAAGUAUUUAUUUUUAAAAUAUAAUCUAUAGCUCGCAUAGACUUUGAGCCAUCUGUAUUUUUAAAUAGAAAUCCUUGAGAUGUUUGACUGAUAAAACACCUGAUGAUCAGGUUAUGUUUAUACAAAUUGAAGUCUAGGUGUGCAGUGACUUGCAAUGACUUUAUUUUUAGCUUGUUAAGAAUGAAGAGACAGCGAGCUGUCAGGGUGUGUGCAAAUGUUAAUUUAUUCAGCUUUUAAGUUUUGUGUGUGCGUAAAAAAAUACUGAAAUUGUUAAAUUAUCCAAUUAUUACGUCAUCUCAAUAGAGAUGUAAAAUAAUAUACAUUGCUCUGUUUGGGUUGUUUAGGUGUUUCACAGACACUAAUUUUAAAGCCAUUUCAAAAGUAUAUGUGUGAAUGUAUUUAUUUUUAUUUCUACACAUAUCAGAAAAUUAUUUGUCUAUUGAUGUUGCUACUGUCAUGGCAAAACCUACACAGUGAAAAUUACGCAUAAUUGUGAACCUGGACCACCAAACCAGUCAUUUUUUUGAAAUUGAGAUUUAUACAUCAUCUAAAAGCUAUAAAUAAAUAUGCCUAAAAAUAAUAAAUACGUUUUCCGUUGAUGUAUCGUUUGUUAGGAUAGGACAAUAUUUUGCCGAGUUAAAACUAUUUGAAAGUUUGGAAUUUGAGGGUGCAAGGAAAUCUAAAUACUGAGAAAAUCACCUUUAAAAUUGUCUAAAUUAAGUCCUUAGCAACACAUAUUACUAAUGAUAAAUACAUUUUGUAUAUAUUUACAUUAGGAAAUUUACCAAAUAUCUUCAUGCAACAUGAUCUUUACUUAAUAUUCUAAUGAUUUUUGGCAUAUAAAAUCUAUAAUUUUAACCCACACAAUAAUAUACCCGUGCUACUUUACUAAAAGUGUCGCAUCAUAAGUUUUGUCCGGUUAUUUACGUAAAGAAUGUUUUUCAGUCUGUGUGUUUUUAAUUAAUUAUUAUAUGGAUUUCAUUAUGGAUCAACUAAAAUAUGCCAUAAAUCCCAGAGAAAUAUUUACUUCAUCAUGAAUUUAUUUGCAGAAAAUGUUGCGCUGCAAAUGUGAGCUGGUGGACAAAGACAACAGAGAUAAGUGUGCAGUUUGCGCAUUUACUUUUUUGUUUAAAGUUGUUGGAUACAAAUAAAUGUGUCAUCUAAUCCCCACACAACUUAUUUAAUUUGU